AGAGAAGUCGAACGAAUCCAUUACCAGGAGAAACAAUUGAUUGAAUCCACUAUAAAUUACAAAAUAUGUGAAAAUGAAUUUUUGUCGGAAACAAGUGGAAAUAAAGGAAAUGCCUAUAGAAGACGAUGUUGAAUCAUUUCGAGUUUGGGCUACCAAACUUGGUUGUCCACCAGCAGACAUACCCGAUGAUGAUGCACUAAAAUCGCUUUUUAAGUCGCGACAAAGAGAUUUAUUUUGCAAUUUAAUGCGACGUGUUAGACCACGUCAAGAAGUAAAUGAAAUUAAGGAAAAUAUUCUUAUACAUAAAGCCGAGAAAAUAAAGGGACAAAUUAUUUCGGCUUGUGAACGCUCCUUUUUGCCACAAGAAAUGCAAAUCCAGCUUCAAUUGCAGGACUUAAGGAAGAGACACAGCGAAAUGUAUCAGCGCUUGGGCGAACGUAAAAAAGAAUAUGAAGCGCUGGCAGCUUCUAUAAAAACAAAAAAUAUUCAAACAGCCAAUUUGGGAAGCAAAAGUGACCAACUGGAAGCCAAGGUCUACGUGCUAGAUUUUAAAUCCAAAGCUUUGGAUAAACAACUGAAAAAGGAAGAGGAGAACAAGAAAAAAAUCAAAACAACAAUGCCUAUAACUUUGACUAAUGAAAAUAAAAGUGAACAUAAAGCAAAUGAAUCAGUGCUAAGGGCACUCAAAGAACUGCAAAAUUUUUAUACUUUGUGUGAACAAAACAACAACUAUCAAUUUGUGCAAACAGCCAAGACUAAGCUUUGGUCAAAUGUCCGACAAAUAUUUUCCAAUAUUCCCAAUUUUCUUAUUUUCAAUACUUUACUUCGACUAAAAGAAGAGCAAUUGCAACAUAUCAUGGCAUUGAAUAAGACCACACACAACGAAAACCAUCUAGGCGGCAGCAGCCGCAACCAUUUGACAAGUUUCGAAAUAAAUUUCAUGAAAACAAAAGCCAAUUUGCUGAGUGUUAUUGGCAAGUACCUGGCCGCUUAUCAGGAACACAAAAAUUUAGAAUUUAAAUUUUCCGAGGCCUAUGAGCAUUUUGAAGACAAACUCUUGGAGAAGGUUCAAAUAUUCAAUGCUGAUUUGGAAAUGGAGCAGAACGAGGAAACGUUGCGCAAUUAUGUGGUAGAAUAUAACUUUUUGAAUUUUAUCAGAGGCGAAAAUGAGUUUUUGACAAAACAAAUUGAGACAUUAAAAGCCGAAAUUGAACAUUCACAAAAAUAUUUGGAUAAUCAUGAGGUUCUUCUAGGCUCAAUCAAACAAGUCUAUAGCGAAAUAAGUACUUCUGUAAAUCGCAUACAGUACGAUAUGAUGCAACUGGCACAAAUCAAAGACAAAAUCAUUUAUUCGAAAAAUAUAAUGAAAUAUCAAUUGGACGAUUUGGAGGCAAUGGUGACCCACAACAACUCCAUUGUAAAAUCAAAUUUCAAACCAACAAAAUUAAAAAUCUCCAAUAGUAAUAACCAAUCCUUGUUGGGUGUUGACAGUUUCGAGAUGAGCCAUGACAAUGUGUUCUGUAGUACAAAAUUGGAUUUGGACUCCACCAUGAGCUCUUUAAACAACACCACAUUACAACGUAGUUUUGGGGGUGCAAACGAUGUGACAUUGAUGCCGCCGCAGGCACAGAAUACAAUUUUACCAUCUCACACCCUGGAAUUGACGACAUUUGGUGAAACACCAAUGCAGCAUCUGUCGUGUAUGGGCAAGGAAAGCUCAUUUCAUUUAUCACCCAAUCCAUUGAUAACUGAAUCCGUUGAACUUUCCUCCACGGUUCAGUUGGCCCCAGGCGUUUUACUCACACCAUUUGGUGCUUUGCAGGAAGUCCAAAAUCGUGUUUUGUGGGCGGACUUAAUUGCACAACAUUCAAAUGAUUUGAAAUUAAAUUUGGACACAUUUUUCGUUGACCCGCAACAAUUCCAAUCGAAAGCUAAGCAACAACAUGACCGCAUUAAUGAAAUUCUGGAUAAGAUCGAUGUGUGCUCUGUGAAUACCCUUCAAAAUCUACAAAAAUUAGCUACAUUUUAUGACUUCCUAAUUGAGAAUCCUUUGCGGCACUUCAUACCCCCUUCGAAGACAUUCAACAAUCAGACGUAUGCAGAUUAUGAAAGUGAAUUUGUUAUGUAUUUGCGCAUUGCCACCACUGGGAACUCCAUCAAGUGAUUGUGUAUUAUGAGUGUGUGUGUGUGUGUGUGUGUGUAUGUCUGUCAGUAUAAUUGUCUGUAUGAUGGUCAUGGUCGUGUCGUGCUAAUAUUCGUUCAGUUUUUUUUUUUUGUAUGAGAAAAGAUGAGGGGGCACAUUUAGGCUUAACUCUUAAUAAGAACAUUGGGUAAGUUUUUAAUUAAAUGUUUAUUGGAAAAUUACAAGAGAGAGAGAAAAAGGCACUCAUAGGUCAAUUAUUUUGAAGUGUUUUGAAAUUUUUAAUAAAAAAGAAACAAGCAAAAAUUGUUUGCAUUCUUUAA